CGCAUGCAAAUGACGGUUAAUCCCACCUUUCAUUUUUGGUAUCCAUGACUCCACGUGGAUACCAUGCACAAUGCGUGAGUCCCACGAAUGUUUUCGAGCGAGCAUGCAGUUGUCAUGGUGAGCGGUGAUUAAUAUAAAUAUAUGAAUAAAUUAAGAACAGGAAAUUAGUCAGAAGUGUUCUGCUUCAGUAUGUAGUCGUUCAAUAUUUCUGAAAAAUCUUUGUUUUCUUUCAAUUUAUUUUACGAUGGAGCCCAUGGAAGUCGUUCGUAUUUCUUAUGGCUCUAUCGCUUUAUUUUGGUCCAUACUUCAUAAUGUUUUUCUGUUGUAUUAUGUGGAAAUGUUCGUGUCUGUCUACAAGAUUGACAAGACGUCAUUUUGGAUUGGAGAGGUUUGUAUUUUUUGAUAUUUGAUUUUCAAGUAUAAGAGCCUUCCCAUAAGCUACAUUAUGUUUCUUUUCUGAAUAAUGUUCUAGUUUAUAUUUUAACUUUAUAGAAGCCUUUAAAUAUUGUCACUAUCAGGCACUAUGAGGGGUCUGUUUUCAAUCAAUUAUAAAUUUUCGUACCUGUUGAAAAUUGCUGAACGCAUGAACAAGCUUUUUACGCUAGAAAGGAACACUUUCAUUGAAACAGUAAAGAGAUUUUUAAUUUUGUGUAGUGAAUACUACAGAUUUGUUAUACGUGGCUUGUAUUGUAAAUUUAUUCAAAUCAUGCAGUAUUUGUUAAUUAAUAUAAUAUUCAAUUACAUUAUAAGUAAAUACCUAUUAAUGUUUGAGACUAUGUGGUACACUGUUAACUGUAAUAUUUCAAGUUUUAGGGUCUGUUUGUACACAACCUAGCUGGCCAGAGACUAAUUUUGUAAUUUUCCUGCUUGUAUUUAUAUUUUUCAAUCUUGUGCAGAUGGUUAAAUUAUUUGUUUGACAGUUUCUGACAACAGUUUGGCAACAUCACUUUCAGUCGAUUUACACUACACAACAUUUACCUAAAACUGUUGCAUGCAACCUGCAUACGACUUGAGAUGUACUGUGUAAAUCUAACAACUUGCCUGCAUUGUUGUAGGAACUCACCUAUGUUGUUGCAGGUGAGUUGUGUGUUUGAUUUACAGAGUACAACUCAAGUUGUCACAACUUUUUCUACUUUCAUCAAUUCAUCCUGACAACUGGGAUGAUAGGUAUGAAAGAAUAUUCCAUAUCAGUCAAGGUCUUGCCUGUUUGAAGUGAGGUCUUUGCAAAUAGUCCAGCCUGGCAUUAUAUAAAUGCCAAGUAAUUUCUACCAUAAAAAUAACUGGCAUAUAGUGAGAUUUGUCUCUCUUCCAGAAUAGAGCAACCCAUAUAAACAACCCUUCGUUUAUAACUAUAAAGAAUGAUUUUGUACAGAAAGGCACUUUUCAUACACUGACUACAAAGACAAUCUGAUAUUGUUUAAAUUGAUCUAUUAUUAUCUUGAUACUAAAAGAACUUUCAACUAGGCUGUCUUUCUUCUUUGGAAUUCAUUAAAUGAUCCACUUUUUGGUUGGAUCAGUGACCAUGGAUCAUUGGAAAAGAACAUGUAAGUAAAUGGAAAAAAAGAUUCAUGAUCCAAUAGGAGAUCCAUAAGCCUGACUCUUCAUAAGCCUGGAUUUUCAUAAUCCUGCAUUAUUUGCACUGAUGAAGGUCUGGGCAAGUAGAACAAAGCUUUGAAAAAAACCAACUAUGCCUGAUAUUGUAAAUAUAUGUUUCCCAUGCUAAAAGAACAAACUUAAAACAAAUUCAUAAUAUGCCCAAGUGCAACCUCGUUUACUUUUGGGUGAAGCAGUUUAUAGAAAACCAAAACUGGCCGAAAAAAACAAUAAAACUAGGUGAAUCAAUUUUUUAAAACACAUUUGAACCUAUACUUGAAAAUAUGCACAGCACUACUCAAAACCCUUUACUGGCUGAUAGUUGGAACAAUAGGAUGCAAAGGCCCAAGAGAAUGCAUAUAAUAGGCCACUGGGGUAUACCUUUUGAAUGUCUUGAAAGCACAAUGUGUUUACUGUAGUUUAAUAGACGAUAAGUUAUGAUCACUCAUUUCCUUUAAAAUUGUUUUUCAGCCAUGUUUGUUCAAUUGAAGUUGUUCAUAAGAGAAUAAGGUAGUUUUUUUCAACAAUAUUGUAUCUCAUCUACCCAAUGUAAUGUACUCAACAUGUAAUAUUUACUUCCUGUAGGGCACUUGUGAAGUUCAGUCCUGUAUUUGUGUUGGGUUUUCUGUCAUUUUGGUUCAGCUGGCUGCAACCUUCAUUACAAUUUGUGAUAUGUCUUUGUAUAUAUGAUGGAUUUUUAACUCUGAUUGAUCUGAAUCAUUCAGCGUUACUCGCUGACCUAGCCCUCAGCGAGGAGGAGAGAACACGCCUUAAUGGUUAUUCAUCGUUCUUUUCUGCUAUUGGUUCAACGUCUGUGUUUAUGUCAUAUUAUUUCUGGGACAAGCAGUUUAUUCUUACAUUUCAAAUGUUCUGUGUGUGCCUGGCAGUUUUUUCUUUGAUUGGGUUUGUGAUCAGUACGUCAAUGAUGAAACAUUAUUUUGAAAAAACAAGUUCAUCUGUGUUGGCAUCUGCCAGUGAUAGGUAAGGUCAUUUCUCAAAAUGUCUCUAAUGGGGUUCUUCUAUCCCAAGACUGUACUCAAACGUAUUUUCCACAUUUUUUCAUCCCAUGUUCUGCAACUUCUUAACAACCAAAUUCCGCAUUUAUUUCUCUUUCAUCAUGUUUCUUGUUUCUACCUACAGAACUUGUAAAAUGUCUAAACUAAAAUCUUGAAUGGUUGAGAGACACAACUACUUGAAAAAUAUAAGCAGAAUUUCGACAAAGUCCUGCCUAUAAAUUCAUAAAAAUUCAUAGAUUCGGGGAUCAAAUUUCAUAGAUUCGGGGAUCCAGUUUCCUCGGUAGUCAUAUACUAGAGAAUGUAAUAUCGAAGAAGAAGUAACACUUUCUCGAAAUGAGUGUCUUAGAGUUAUGUAGUUCUUACAUGUAUGUUACUAAUACUGGAAUUUAGAUUUCUUCUUGAAUAGAAUUCGGCGUCUCUAUGACAUAGACUAUGUUGCAAUUCUCCAUUCUAAUUACGUAUUUGUGAUACGUGUACUAGACAUGAAGUUUCAAGUCGUCACCACUCGUCUUCCUUGGCUUUAAAGAAGUACGUCAAGCAGUUGUUAAGGCAUAAAAACUUUUGGUGGUUCACAGCUAUGAAUUUAAUCCAGGUGAGAGUGAGCUAUUAAAUAUAUAAAACCAUUAUUACGAACAUCUUACACUGUCCCGACUCCAAUAAUAAGGAACGUUUCAAAUGUCUGUUAAUUAGAAGAGUCCCCUGGUUGGAUACGUGCUCUAGAUUUUUUGUAGUACAGGCGUAAAAAUUUCACAGGUUGUCCUUGACCAGCAAUGAGAAUUUAUAGAAAUCUAGAAUGUGGAUUUUUCUAGCAUUCUAGGUAUGCUUAAUUCAAUAAGCAAUAGAAAACCCGAAUAUAUAUGGUGUACGUAACAUUUCACAAUUCCUUUACAGGUCUUCCAUUGUCAUUUUAACAGCAAUUUUUUCCCGUUAUUUUUGGACAAACUACUUGGUCACACUCUGUCACCAAAAUCAGCUGCAUUUUUACUUGGUUUAUCAUUUGUAACACCACACAUUAAUAACCUGUAUUUUUUAACGUUAUGUCGGCGAUUUGGCGCUUACUUGGUCAUAAAAUGGUUGUUUUAUGUCAAACUGCUACUGAGUUUAGUCAUGUUGCUCUUGGGUCCGGACUGGUCAACAUUACUGUGUAUUUUUAUUGCAAGGUAAGAGUUUAACCGUACUGAAAGUAAUUAAGUGCCUCGUGGAACACCCUAUCUGAACCUCUAGUUUGCAACUGGUGUCGCCGUAAAGAAAUUGUUGUUAGGACUUUUGUGAACCAGCUUCUCCUUUUCGACUUUUUUCUGAAUUUUUGGGAACCAGCUUCUUUUCGCAAUGAUGUGCUAAAAGUAACAACUUGCCUUGCUUUACCAGUCUUGACGAAACAGACUAGUCAUGAGGAUCAAGGACGGAUUUUCAUAUAUUUAAAAGGAGGGUAGAAAAAUUUCUGGUGGGGUGCAAGCGGCACCACUAGGUGACCUUUGGCAGGAGUUAGGCGUUUGGGUUAAAGCCUUUCGCACAAAAUAGGAGGGGUGAAGCAAAAUUUUGGUGGGGUUGAACACUUUAUUAGAGGGGUUAGAGAGAUUCCAGGGUGGGGGGUGGGGGUUAAACCCCCUAAUCCGCCCAUGAUGAGGAUAGCUGGAGAUUGAGAGACGAGCGAAAGAGUUUUGUCAGGAAGUUAGGAUUAUGGUUAGGAUUGGGAUUGUAUUUCAGAUUACUGAAAUUUGAAACUUUAAUCUGGAUGACAAUACCUAUCAUUCUAUUUUGUUUUCAUUCUUGCAGCAAUCGUGUUUUUACGGAAGGAACGUGUAAACUUCUGAACCUGGUCAUCAGCGAUCUUGUAGACGAAGAUUACGUCAUACAUCACCGGAAACAAAGUAUCUCAGCGCUUGUGUUCGGCACUUCCGCUUUGCUGUCGAAACCAGGCCAAACACUCGCGCCUCUUUUAGGAACAUGGCUGCUGGCCAAACAGACUGGAUACUCGAUAUUCUACUCGGACGAAAGUUCUAACAACGACAACUCUGAUUUUCUUUUGGACGAGAAAAACGUUCACGAUAGAACAGGAAGUGACGUCAGGCUGGGAUGUUUUCAAGUGUUGGUCUAUGUACCUAUUGUAUGCGCUGUGCUGCAAAUUAUUUUAUGGAGUCGUUUUAAAUUGCAUGGUGGACGGUUAAAGAUUGUGACGUCACAGAGGAUUGGUGCCGAAAAUGGUGGUGCAGUUUAAACUUCUGUAGAUUCCAUUUAUUCACAUAGGAAUUCACGGUCAACUGUGUACGAAUUCAGUGACGGGCACUGGGGCAGCCAUAAUUCUUUUCAAAUUAGUUUUAGAUAGAUAGAUUUAUUUAUUUUGCAAAAAUAUUGAAUAUAUAUAUGCACGCAGGCAGGUACUGCAGAAUUUGAAUAUUUUGAAGCAGAUAAAAAUUUAGAUAUGAAAAUAUGUUUAUUGAAUAAAUUAAUUUAAGUAAAAUUUUAGUUUUGAUUAUGCGUGUGUGCAUUUACUUCGUAACAGGUUCUCUUGAACUGUGUUGUCUGUUUCCGUUCUCGUCAAUGUACUAGACGAAAAAGAAAUUAGACUAAAUUAAUUAAAC